AUUCCACAAGAUCAUAACCAUUGAAAGUUGGAUCAGAUCAAACCAAAGUUUAAUUCAACUUCGGUUAUAUGAAUCCUCUUGAUAGUAAAGAAGAAGAAAAAUGACAUCUGAAUUAGAUCAAACCAAAGUUUAAUUCAACUUGAUGAUGUGAACUCUCUUACAAAUAAAGAAAGAAAAAUUGGAUCGAAAAAAAUAUUAUUUUAUUAUUUUAAUCCUAAUAUGAUGUUGAACAAGUUAUCUUCUAUAUAAUUAUUCAAUACCUUUUUAGUGCAAUGAAAAACGAUAUAAUUGCAAACUACAAAACCACCACAACUCUACCUCUAGCUCGAAAAGCACACAACUCUCUACAAAGUACAAAAUUUUGACUAAUAAAAAUACUUUUGGAAAUUGUAAUUGUUAAAUAGAUAUAUUGUUGUGAAUAUAUGUACAAUAUAUAUUAUACAUUAUUUUCGAAUUCAAUGCAUUGUAAAAUACAACGUUUAGUAUAUGUGAUUGUGUAUGUCACAUCAGUUAAAAGCAGUGACAAAAAAAUCUCAAUAAUCACAACUAAAAGCCGAGAUAUAACAAUCAAUCAUUUUGAGUGCUAGUUCCCAUCACAUUAAAGAAACAAUCCAUAUAUUGUUACUGCUAAAAGAUUGAAAAAACUAUGCAUUUUAGUCAAUACAUGUAUAGUAACAAUAUUACCAAAACAAUAACAACUUUAAAACUCGCUUAUAAGCACUAAUCCAAACAAAACUCAUAUUUCUAUCCAUAAAAGAACAAACAAACCCACAUGGAAAGCAAAACCAACAGCCGGCCAACGGGUUGGGGUCCAACACUAGUACAAGUAGAGGAUCAGUGUGGAGUCGUAAAGGGGAAUCUGAGAUCUGCCAGUUGUUCGGUCACUCCACUAAUCUCCUCGUUGAUGUCGCUGUGGACGCCUUUAAUCGUCCAUUGGUGUUCUCGGUGCUGAUUGCAAAUCCGUCGGUAGCCGCGUCCCCGCCGUUUCCCCCAUCCGGCUUCCCGCUCUUCUCAUCUCUCCGGUCUACUGGCUCCUGCUGCCGAGGUAAAAGAUUCAAACUUCCGGGCUUGAACUAAUGGCUGAUUAGUAUGGUGCGUGGCGUGAGUGGAUUGUUUGAUUCGUGGACAGUAAUUUGUGGGUUCCCUUCAAUCAGUUGCUGAAUGCUAGCAAUCAGUGGAUCCCUUAAAUGCGUCUGUCCUCUUCUAGCUUAGGUUGUUCACUAGGACUUGUAUUGCCAGCCUGUAUGCAAGUAUCAGAUCUUUUUACUGCAUUGGUUUCGAUGUAGUUCGAGAUCGUUUCUUCUACUGCAUCUGCACUUGUAUCCGCUGAGUUUGGAUGUGUUUUUGGUUUCUCCCCUUUGAAUUAUCCUUCUAGAUUUGUUUGUGUAAGCUGGUGUCCCUCAUUUAGCUCGCUCAUACUUCGAUUUGCAUGUCAGUGGUGCGUACUGCGUAGGUAGCUCGAACGUAGCCAUGGAUUCGGAUCCGGAAAACAAUAAACUCAGCCCCAAGCUGGUGAACGUGGGGCUCCUGAUCGUGGCAACUGUGCUGCUGGCCAAAGUGGUGUCUGCAUUGUCCAUGAGCCGAUCUGGGAAGCGGAGGCUACCCCCAAGGGUGAAGCAGGGGAUACCAGUGGUUGGUGGGCUGUUGAGGUUCCUAAAGGGUCCCAUUGUGAUGCUGAGGGAGGAGUACCCCAAGCUGGGAAGCGUCUUCACCUUGAAUCUUGUCAACAGGAACAUCACCUUCCUCAUUGGCCCGGAGGUCUCUGCCCACUUCUUCAAGGCCCCUGAAGCUGACCUCAGCCAGCAGGAGGUCUACCAGUUCAAUGUCCCGACUUUUGGCCCUGGUGUUGUCUUCGACGUCGAUUACUCCAUCCGCCAGGAGCAGUUCCGCUUCUUCACCGAGUCCCUUCGUGUCAACAAGCUCAAGGGCUAUGUUGAUAUGAUGGUUACAGAAGCGCAGGAUUACUUCUCCAAGUGGGGAGACAGCGGAGAGGUGGAUUUGAAAUACGAGCUUGAGCAUCUUAUCAUCCUGACAGCAAGCAGGUGCCUACUUGGCCGAGAAGUCCGUGAUAAGCUCUUUGAUGAUGUCUCUGCACUAUUCCACGAUCUCGACAAUGGGAUGCUUCCAAUCAGUGUCCUAUUCCCUUACCUCCCCAUCCCAGCUCACCGACGCCGUGACCUUGCUCGCAAGAAGCUCGCCCAGAUCUUCGCCAGCAUUAUCAAUUCACGGAAGAAAACUGGUAGCUCGGAGAACGACAUGCUGCAAUGCUUUAUCGACUCCAAGUACAAAGAUGGUCGCCCGACAACUGAAGGCGAGGUCACAGGCUUGCUCAUUGCGGCUCUUUUCGCCGGGCAGCACACUAGCUCUAUAACAUCCACUUGGACCGGGGCCUACCUCCUACGUCACAAGGAGGAGUAUCUUUCUAGCGUUGUGGAGGAGCAGAAGCAGCUGCUGAGGAAGCACGGUAACAGAGUGGAUCAUGACGUACUGUCUGAAAUGGAUGUGCUGUACAGGUGCAUCAAGGAAGCUCUGAGGUUGCACCCUCCAUUGAUAAUGUUGAUGCGCCAAUCACACAGCGAUUUCAGCGUGACCACACAAGAAGGGAAGGAGUAUGACAUCCCUAAGGGGCACAUCGUGGCUACUUCUCCUGCGUUUGCUAACCGGCUUCCACACAUCUUCACCGAGCCAGAUAAGUACGAUCCUGACAGGUUUGCUCCCGGAAGGGAAGAGGAUAAGGCGGCAGGGGCUUUCUCCUACAUAUCUUUUGGUGGGGGUAGGCAUGGCUGCCUCGGGGAGCCCUUUGCAUACUUGCAGAUAAAGGCCAUAUGGAGCCAUCUGCUGAGGAACUUCGAGCUGGAGCUUGUUUCUCCCUUCCCAGAAAUCGACUGGAAUGCAAUGGUUGUGGGUGUUAAAGGAAGCGUGAUGGUGCGUUACAAGCGCCGACAACUUGUAGUUGAUUAGCGUGCUGAGUACUUGAAGUCGAUUAGGCAGAUGGGAGCUAGAGAGACUUGCUCUUUGUGUGGCUUGGUUAGUUAUUUGUUGCUUGCUCGUCCUAGCUUUAUCCUGUGGUUUUUUUUUUUUACAUCAGACACUACUGUUAUUCUGAUGAUGGGUCACUCUGAGUAGUUUCGUAUGACAACCCAUCAGUUGUUCCUUCCAAAAGAUGUUAGUUUCAGACCAUCUUUGUCAUCACUCAUCAGAAACUACUGUAUUUGCAAGUAAUUAGUUGUCACUUUAAAAGGUUUUCACCAGAAAAAAGGACAAUUUGCGUGAAGCUUUCUGUUCUUUUGAGCCUUCACGCGAGUCUUGUAGUUUAGGUAAGAGAACAGAUUCAAGAUACCACAUUGCAAAGAAUAAGCGCUAUGCAUGCAU